AUGGCCAGGUAUCGGUCCGCGUCCUUUCCGACGCUGUUGCUUUCUUUAGUCGUCCUUAUUGCAUGCAUUGUUCUUCCAGGAUUGGCUGUGAAACAUGAGAACUUCAAAACCUGCGAGCAAUCGGGCUUCUGCAAGCGAAACCGAGCUUACGCCGACAAAGCUUCAGCGGCGGGCUCGUCCUGGAGCUCUCCAUACGAACUUGACCCCGCAACUAUUCACUUUGAGGAUGGCACGCUGUCUGGGGUUCUCGUCAAAAGUGUUUCAGAUACCGAGAAAGUCCAAUUGCCUCUCGCGCUUGCCUUCCUCCAAUCUGGCGCCGCUCGCCUGACUGUUGAUGAGGAGAAGCGCAUGAAGGGUGAUAUCGAAAUUCGACAUGGCAGUAAGAUUAACAAGAAGCGCUAUGAUGAGACUGAGAAAUGGGUUAUUGUUGGCGGUCUUGACUCCAGCAAAACAGCGACUUUGGAUGCCCAGGCUGAGACUGGGUUCACCAAAAUUGUCUAUGGCCCCAAUGACAGCUUCGAGGCGAUAAUUCGGCAUUCUCCAUUCGAGGUGGAGUUUCUGAGAGAUGGUCAGCCUCAAAUUCAAUUGAAUAAACAAGGAUACUUCAACGUUGAGCACUGGCGACCAAAGCUUGAUGACAAGGAGAGGGAGUCGGGGGAAGAUGAAAGUACAUGGUGGGAGGAAAGCUUCGGGUCGAACACCGACUCGAAGCCUCGUGGCCCUGAAAGUGUUGGCCUCGAUAUUGUAUUUCCGGGAUUCAAUCACGUCUACGGUAUCCCCGAACAUGCAGACUCUCUGUCGUUAAGAGAGACACGGGGUGGUCCGGGAAACCAUGAGAAUCCUUACCGCAUGUACAACUCCGACGUCUUUGAGUACGAGCUCGACAGCCCUAUGACACUCUAUGGGUCGAUUCCAUUCAUGCAAGCUCAUCGCAAGGGCUCUUCCGUUGGUGUUUUCUGGCUCAACGCAGCUGAGACCUGGGUCGACAUAGUCAAGAAGACUGCCCCUUCAAACCCGCUCUCAAUGAGUGCCUCCGGAAAGACUGACACUCAAACCCAUUGGAUCUCUGAAGCUGGUCGGAUGGACCUUUUCGUUUUCCUUGGGCCCACUCCACAGGACCUCAGCAAAACAUACGGUGAAUUGACGGGAUACACGCAGCUGCCUCAACACUUUGCGAUUGCCUAUCACCAAUGCCGCUGGAACUACGUCACCGAUGAGGACGUCAAGGAGGUUGACGCCAAGUUUGACAAGUACCAAAUCCCGUACGAUGUGAUCUGGCUUGAUUUGGAGUACACAGAUGACCGCAAGUACUUCACCUGGGAUCCCCUCACUUUUCCCAACCCCAAAGGCAUGCAGGAGAAGCUGGACGCCUCUCAGCGUAAGCUAGUGGUCCUCAUCGAUCCUCAUAUCAAAAGCAAGAACGAUUAUUUCGUGUCGCAGGAACUGGUCAGCAAGGGCCUUGCUGUCCUGAACAAGGAUGGUGAGGUAUAUGAUGGCUGGUGUUGGCCUGGUUCUUCUAACUGGGUCGAUUGCCUCAAUCCCGCUGCGUUCCCAUGGUGGAGCAGCCUUCACAAGUACGAUAAGUUCAAGGGUUCCAUGCCCAAUUUGUUCAUUUGGAAUGACAUGAAUGAACCUUCCGUCUUCAACGGUCCCGAGACCACCAUGCCGAAGGAUAACAUCCACUAUGGCAAUUGGGAGCAUCGCGACGUUCACAAUAUCAACGGUCUCACUUUGGUCAACGCCACUUAUCAAGCUAUGCUGGAGCGCAAGAAAGGUGAACUUCGACGACCAUUCAUCCUCACCCGUUCAUACUUUGCUGGGGCUCAGCGCACGUCUGCGAUGUGGACAGGUGACAACCAAGCCACCUGGGGCCAUUUGGCGGCCUCCCUUCCUAUGAUUCUCAACAAUGGUAUUGCCGGUUUCCCCUUUGCAGGUGCUGACGUUGGGGGCUUCUUCCACAACCCGGAGAAGGAAUUGCUUGCCCGCUGGUAUCAAGCCGGCAUUUGGUAUCCUUUCUUCCGUGCUCACGCUCACAUUGAUACGCGCCGCCGUGAGCCUUACCUGAUCAGCGAGCCGUAUCGGACAAUCAUAACUCAGGCCAUCCGUCUGCGCUAUCAGCUACUCCCUGCAUGGUAUACCGCUUUCCAUCAGGCCUCUAUCAACGGCACGCCAAUUGUGCGUCCGCAGUAUUAUGUUUUCCCCGAGGAUGAAGAGGGGUUCGCCAUUGAUGACCAGCUCUACUUGGGUGAUACGGGACUUCUCGCCAAGCCUGUGGUUCAGGAGAACACUUUCUCCACCGAGAUCUACAUUGCAGACGAUGAGAAGUACUACGACUACUUUGACUAUACCGUCUAUCAAGGCGCUGGAAAGCGUCACACAGUUCCCGCACCGGAAGAUAAGAUUCCCCUCUUGAUUCAAGGUGGGCACAUCAUUCCUCGCCGCGACCGACCACGCCGCAGCAGUGCUCUGAUGCGCUGGGACCCUUACACGCUUGUGAUCACUCUCAAUCAGAAGGGUGAGGCGGAUGGCACUCUGUACGUUGAUGAUGGCGAGACCUUUGACUACGAGCGUGGCGGCUACAUCCAUCGUCGUUUCCGCUACCAGGAAUCUGUCCUUUCAUCGGAAGACAUUGGUACCAAGGGCGCGAAGACCAGCGAGUAUCUCAAGGCGAUGUCGGGCGUUUCUGUGGAGCGUGUCAUCAUGAUCGACCCACCAGCGUCCUGGAAGAGCAAGACGAGCGUCACCAUCAUCGAGGAUGGCGCCAAAGCUGCCACCACUGCUUCGCUGGAAUAUCACGAGCAAAAGGAUGGCAAGGCCUCGUAUGCUGUUGUCAAGAGCCCCAAUGUUGGCAUUGGCAAGGCCUGGCGUAUAGAGUUCUAG